GGAUGAGCAGGUGGACUAGUGGAAGCGUGUGUACACGUAUUUUGGGACUUUGUAUCAGCUGCACUACAUUUUACUAUACAUAACACACGUAUUAAGUAAUUAGUAGCUAUACGCAGUCUAUGUAUAUCUCAAUUUUUACAAAAAUAACUGUAAAAACGAUCGUGCAAGUUUAAGUUUUUAGCCGGUGGCGGUGGUCUUGACUCUUCUCUUAGCGGGCGCAGCCUGGCGCUAGUCUAGAUGUGUAUUGUGGCUGACUUGACUUAAAAGUAAUCCCAUGCGACAUGGCUGAAAGUGAAGCUGAUGGAAAGCGCCCACACUCCCCAAAGGAAGAUGACGCAGGAGAAGAGUCUGGUGAUGAGGGAUGGAUCGGUCCUAUGCCCUCCGAAGCUGCAAAGCCUAAGAAGAGGAAAGUUCUUGAAUAUGAACAGGUCUACCUAGACAGCCUGCCCUCUGCGAGCGCCUACGAGAAGAGCUACAUGCACCGCGACGUCGUCACGCACGUGCGCAUCUCGAAGACGGACUUCAUCAUCACGGCGAGCGUCGACGGGCACGUCAAGUUCUGGAAGAAGAUGGCCGAGGGCAUCGAGUUUGUGAAGCACUUCCGCAGCCACCUCGGCACGAUACACGACGUCGCGCUUAGCUCGUCCGGCCGCCUGUACUGCACGGUCGCCAGCGACGAGACCAUGAAGGUCUUCGACGUCGUCAACUUCGACAUGAUCAACAUGAUGAAGCUCGGCUUCGUGCCCGGCCGCGUCGAGUGGAUCCACGCGACGGGCGACGCCGUGCACGCCGUUGCCGUCUCCGAACGCGCGUGCGGCACGAUCCGCGUCUACGACGGCGCGGGAGACUCCGAACCGAUGCGGACCCUCGACCGGCUACACAAGAAGGAGGUCGCGUGCAUGCGCUACAACGCGGUGUGCGGCGUCGCCGUGUCGGCCGACCUCUCGGGGAUGGUCGAGUACUGGUGCGGCGCGCGCGGCGAGUACGCGUUCCCGAAGUGCGUCCGCUUCGACUCGAAGCUCGACACGGACCUGUACGAGUUCGCGAAGGCGCGCACGCACCCGACGAACUUUGCGUUCUCACCCGACGGCGAGCUGCUGGCGUCGACGGCGAUGGACCGCAAGGUGCGGCUGUUCCGCUUCGCGACUGGCAAGCUCUACCGCGUCUUCGACGAGUCGCUGAAGCAGUACACGGAGCUGCAGCAGACGAAGCAGCAGCUGCCGAACAUGGAGUUCGGCCGGCGGAUGGCCAUCGAGCGUGAGCUGGACAAGACGGGCGCGCUCGCGGCGGCUAACGUCGUCUUCGACGAGAGCGGCAACUUUGUGCUGUACUCGACUCUGACGGGCGUGAAGCUCGUGAACGUGCGCACGAACCGGUGCGUGCGCGAGCUCGGCAAGCUCGAGAACGCGCGCUUCGUCGACGUCGCGCUCUUCCAGGGCGCCGCCGACCGGCCGAAGACGGCGCUCACCGUCGAGAUGGAGGCGUCGGAGAACCCGGCGCUGGCCGGGGUGCGCGGAGACCCGACGCUCGUCUGCACGGCGUACCGCAAGAACCGCUUCUACCUGUUCACGCGGCGCGAGCCGGGCGACGCGCGCGGCGGCGCCGAUGCCGAGCGGGACGUCUUCAACGAGAAGCCGUCGAAGGAGGACGUCGUUGCGGCGACCGAGUCGAAGCAGCAGCAGCGGCUGUACGGCAGCUGCGUGAUCCACUCGUCGCUCGGCGACAUCCACUGCCGGCUGUUCGCCGCCGAGUGUCCGCGCUCGAUCGAGAACUUCUGCGUGCACAGCAAGAACGGCUACUACAACGGACACCUGUUCCACCGCAUCAUCAAGGGAUUCAUGGUGCAGACGGGCGACCCGAAGGGUGACGGCACGGGUGGCGAGUCGAUCUGGGGCGGCGAGUUUGAGGACGAGUUUAACGCGGGCCUGCGGCACGACCGGCCGUACACGCUCAGCAUGGCGAACGCCGGCGCGAACACGAACGGCUCGCAGUUCUUCAUCAGCGUCGUGCCGUGCCCGUGGCUCGACAACAAGCACACGGUGUUUGGCAGGGUGACGAAGGGCAUGGAGGUCGUGCAGAACAUCAGCAACGUGAAGACGAACCCGAAGACGGAUAAGCCGUACGAAGACGUUUCCAUAGUGAGCAUCACCCUCAAGAACUAAAUGUGUCGGUAGUGACACUCGUGAUUAGUUAUUGUAAUAGUAAUACUGUAGUUCAUCACCGCGAAAACAUACAAAGUACUGAAUGUUAUUUUCACCAUGGCGAUUUUUUCAUUGUUAUCACGGUGGACUGGUAGUUGGCCAAUGCUUAUUUUAUAGUAUGGAGAUGCAUCGGAUGGAGCUUAGUAAAUAUGGAAGUCUUUGAACAUCGUAGUCUUCGUAGUUUCACCGUACUUCUAGCAGAUGCAUUGUAUGUAAUGUAAAUAAUAUUUUUAUAUUUGUACGUUUGCUUCACUGUAUAGAUGUAAUAAGUUUGGUUACAUGUAUAGCAGGAGUAGAUAAUAGGGAUAGUUAAUAAUUCCCUAUUAUCUACUCCUGAUGUAUAGUGAACUAUGUGAACUGAAAGCUAAUCAAACGUUAAGCUAGGACUCUAAUCCCAAAUUACGGUCAUAAUCGAAUCUAGCAAAAUUAGAAAGGGACAAACUGAUAAAAUUGAAUGUUAUGAACGAAUUUUCAAUAAUAAAAAGCACAAAUUGUACACA